AUGCCCCACCAGCCUGGACACUACCAGUACGUCCGUGAGCACUGCUUCGAAGGUCUCCCGGCCCAUCAUCGUGGCGACCGGCGACACAGGGAGGAGAGGCCGGCCCCGAUCAUCAACCUGCCCAAGCCAGAUGAGGACACAUUAUGUUCGAGGCAGUUCGAUUUUCCGCAUACCAGUGCUGCCCCUCGAGGCCGAUUGCACGCCAGUGACGUGGACCUGGGUGGGUCCAUGGAGUAUAGCUGUGACUUUGAAGAUCGUUGGUUGUACUCUAAUGACACGAGACUCUCCGAGGAAGAUCGUCAGCAAGCGUUGGCUCAGGAGCGGAUGAUGGAUCUCUUGCGAGAUCGAGGAUACGAGGACAUAAGACCUCUCCCCGAUGAUGUGCAAGGAGGGGAAGCAUGGGUGGUCUACUGCUCGAAGAACGGCUCUGAUUAUGUGGCGAAGAUGAAGCCUAUCGACAACAACGUUCUUAUCGAAGCUGAGACGCUAUCACGACUCCAGAGUUCAGCUUUAAACCCAUGUCCCGAUUUCGGUUUCCGCCACUACAAACUAACAUCUCCGUUUCGUGUUUUCGCUCAUGUCCUGGCGAUCGAACGGUAUCACGGCGCCGUAGAGCCCCUCCGCAUGAGGAAGUGGAUGCUCCAACUGUGUCUGGCACUGGAGUACAGUCAUGCUCACUCCGUGUGGCAUAGAGACAUAAAGGCGGAGAAUGUUAUGAUCGACAGCAAUGAUAAUGCUAGGUUGCUCGAUUUCGGUAUGGCUGCUUUCGCGAGAACGUCCUCAGCGUUAGAGCUGAGCUCGGAGCUCGACGGUGAGGACCGGCAUAAAUUCUUUGGGACGGAGCAGUACGCCGCCCCUGAGGUUAUACUUCAUCAGGAGUAUACGGCUAAGGUCGAUCUUUGGGGUUUGGGAGUGAUACUGCAUCAAGUGUAUCAAGGCAGGGCCCCCUCGAUGGAUUAUAGUGACACCCCUGGUCGCCUUCGAAUACAAGGACCUCUGCGACCGAUGAACCCCUGGGUGAUGGAGGCUAUGCUGGGCCUACUCGAUCCUGACCCGAACAGGCGCUGGGGGUUCGACCAGAUCUAUGCUUGUAGAUGGAUGCAAGAGAGUGAUGACUUCUGUGUGGAUGCUCCAGUAGGCGAGACUCGGGCGUUGAGUGGGCGGGAACUUAUAGAACGAAUAAGUUUGCAGCCGGGCGAGCCACCUGUUUGGGUCAGUCUGAAGGCUGCGAUGACGUGCUAUUCUUGGGAUCCUCACGGUAUUCCACGGGAUAAGGCUGGAGCCUUCUUGAGAGGCUCUCAGAGUCGCCAAUUGCGAACCGAACUAUCGAGUGUGCAGGUCGCGAGAGGAAGGGAGACUGGCAACAUCGCCGUCGAAGUAUCUGAUAUUCUCAAUGUGAGUCCUGUCGGUGGGAAAAUCUUUAUGUCGGUCAACGGAGGGCUGGGUAUGUGCACUCCAAUGCAAUGCCCUCCGAGCAUGGCUUGUGAUCACCGUGCGGCUGGUUUCCCUGAUCAUUCUAUGCUCGAUCUCGCCCUGUCGGCUGCGUACGGCCUCGACGAGACCCCUCCACCAGUGUAUCCUGGGGGUGGUAGUAGCAGUAGCAAUACCACUAUAGUCCCCGGUAGAGCUCUAGAGCAGCGACUCAGCAGCCUUUCUGCGAGAGGGCAAAGGCCCGGACAGAACAACACGAAGGGGAGCGGGAGGUCGGGAAACGCCCAGAGCCCAGGCGACCAGAUGCCGUUGCCUCCGAAGAUGAUGACGUUCUUGUCGGUAGACCGGGAAGUGUUGGUCCGCAAAGUGAAAGGGCGUGUGAAGUUAUGGGUAUCUCUAGCGCGUCAAGUGGAGUUCAUAUGGCGCGCUGUUGAUAGGUCUGAAGUGGGUGAAGUGGUAACAAAGCUGCAGCCAUUACUGCACAGGAUGAGAGCACUGCGAGCCAGCUAUCCCGGUGUACCGGCGUUCGCUGUUGAGAUCACCGAUCUAGUACGAGGGAAUGACUCUGACAAGCUAUUCGUUACAGUCAAUGGCGGCGUUGGUCGAGUCUUUGUUCUCCUCGGUAAAAACAACUCUAGUACAACCAAAUUCUGA